AGAUGGCUUGGGCUGAUCUCAUGAUAAGCUAUCCUACCAACAGCUUCGUGGCUGACAUCGACCUCAAGUGUUUGACCACACUGGAAGCAAGGAUGUUUGAAGAUUCCAAAGAAGCAGGACCUGCAGGCAACCAGCAGUGGGGUUUGGAUGCUGGCCAACAUCACAGGCGAUGGAAUGUGUAUCUCGGCGGCCCCUUAUUCAGUGAUAACUCUGAUGCUACAUCUUUGGGGUCUGCAGAUGAGUUAUCUGAAGCUGUCAUUCCUUCUCCGCCAGCUGAAGAAGUCUGCCCGUUAAACGUUGAUGUGCUCCACAGGCUUGAAGGGUCCAGAGAGGGAGG